CACCGGCCCUGAAGAGGAAAUUGGAACAAGUGAUAGGCAAAAUAGAAGAAGUACAAAUUCAAGCAAAGAGAAUACGACUUCAGAGUGAAAUCUGGCUUAGUGCUCCAGCUACCGAAAUUGAAACUGAGAAAGGACGUUAUGUGAAAGAACGUGGUACUAUCCUUAAUUUCCCCUUUCAACUGACCGAAAUGACCCGAAGAAGUUCACCUGGAAAGUUUAACAGCCCGCCUGACCCGGAGCUUUCAGAAGCCAAAUUACAAGAAUAUUUUAUUAGUGAAUGCAAAACAUUCCAAACAUUUGAUAAUUCAAAACUUGAAGUUCAAGAUUCACUUUCUAUUCCCUUGCUGGCUACUCGAAAGCCCGACUUUGUAUUCAUUGCAAAAGGGGAUCCUCUAAAUGCAUUACAUGUCGUCGCCGUUGGCGAAAUAAGGAAACGGUCAGGUGUUGAAUUUGCAAAUGCCGAUGUAGGACACGCAGUGUCAUUUGGUGAAAAGGUACUCCAACUUCAGCCGAGGAGAACCUUUGUAUACGUGGUAUUGACAGAUUGCAGAGUUAUUUGUAUCUACAAGGUGACUAGGUGCGAUGCUAUUACCAACGACAAUAUCCGAUUCUCGUAUCAAUUCAUACCAAUGCAGAAGUUAACUUACGAUGCCAAGGAUACCCCUUCAAGAGGGUGGAAAUACCUUGUGACCAUUACAGAAUGUUCUAAGAAACAGCUUGGAUGGAUUGAUCCAUCGCUCUUCUUCGGUUCAGAAACUGUAAGACUGAUUCGACCGAUCAGUACAGGAAGGACUAGCAUCGUAUAUUUAGGAAAGCGUAAUGAAAAGGAAACAGUGGUCGUGAAGAUAGCAAAAAGCGAAGAUUAUUUGCCUUGUUUUAUAAGGGAAAAAAGCGUACUGGAAACUUUUUCGAGUUUGAAUUCACCUCAUCUUCAGACCCUCCUCCUGGACGAUAAUGGCAUCCUUGUCACAACUCCUUAUUGUGAGAAAGUAACUAAUCUGCGAAAAGAGGAUAUCAGAAACAUCAUAAACACCCUCAAGGUCGUCCAUUCACAAUACAAUCUUGUACACAUGGAUCUUCGAAAAUACAACUUUCUUCGUAAUGAUAAUGGAGACAUCGUGAUUAUCGAUUGGGGAUAUAGCGUAACGAAAGGCCAAACUCGGAAUUUUGCGGGUGCACUUGAAUGCAUGCCCGACGAUGUCUUGACAUCAUUGGUCAACUGGAAACAACCAUUUUAUUCACCGAAAAUUGACUUGAUAUGUUUGGCAAGGGCGUUUUACUUAAUGCUCCAUAAACCGGCACGGACGAUAGUGGAGAGAAUUUCCUCUGAUAGAAUUCCUGACUUUAGGUCACGGGCGCAAAAUAUAUUGGACUUUUGGGAGUCUAAUGCGAAAUCAGGAUUGUGGAAUAGAAUUUUUCAACUCGCAGAAGACUUGAACUAUGAUGGCCUAAUCGAAGCACUUGAAAUUUUUUUUAGGUCGUGA